UCGCGCGCUGGUCGUGUAGUGGCGUAGUCGCGUGGUGGCGUAGUGGCGUAGUGGCGUAGUCGCGCGCGAGCAUGGCCCGUGUGUCUCGUCCUCGCUGCCUGCGGCUAGCGUCUGGACGCAUCACCGACUGCAGAGAGUGUCUCGUUGACGGUGCCGCGUGUUGAGGGGUGGAGGAGGAGGAGGAGGAGGAGGAGGAGGAGGAGGAGGAGGAGGAGGAGGAGGAGGAGGGACCCUGAGGCUCGCAUGGCGCGCGGCUGCUGAGGGCCCGCCAUGGCCGCCGUCAAGACGAGCCCUAGGGCCAGGCCCACCCUGGACUCCUCCAGGUGGCAGCGGCGGCUGCAGAAGGAGCUCCUGUCGCUGAUGAAGGAGCCGCCGGCCGGCGUGCGCGUGGAUUUGGACGAGGCCAGCCAGAACCUAUCACAGUGGAUCAUCAACAUGGACGGCGCCCAGGGCACGCUGUACGAGGGGGAACACUUCCAGCUGCGGUUCAAGUUCAGCUCCAAGUACCCCUUCGACUCGCCGGAGGUGACGUUCAUCGGCCCCAACAUCCCGGUGCACCCUCACGUGUACAGCAACGGCCACAUCUGCCUGUCCAUCCUGACGGAGGACUGGUCGCCCGCGCUCUCCGUCCAGUCCGUCUGCCUCAGCAUCAUCUCCAUGCUCAGCAGCUGCAAGGAGAAGAAGCGACCCCCUGAUAACUCGUUUUACGUCAAGACUUGCAACAAAAAUCCAAAGAAAACCAGGUGGUGGUAUCAUGAUGACACAGUAUAGUGGCCAGAGUGAUUUAGCAUUUCAAAUUGACAGUGCAAGAGAACAUCUGUAAAUAUUUCUACAAGUCAACCGAGAGAAACAGUUCCACGUGGCUUUAAAGUGAAUUCCAUGCCUUAAAAUUUUGCGCCAAAGCACCGAGGACACGAGUGCUUGGUUGUAGUUCCCAACAGACUGGACGUGUGUGUGGAAAGUGAAGUUCCGAUUGAGAGAUUUGUUUUAUCAUUCCUUCGCGAUAGCUCCGUUAGUUUUACGCUCAGAAAAUGGACAUGUACAAGGGCCAUAUGUUUGUAAAAAUUUGUGUUAUGUUAAGUGAUAUUUAUGUUUAGUUCGUUGUAUCACAUGUUGCUGUUUUAUUUUAUCUUUUAAUUUUUUCUCACAGUUUUUCAAAACUUUUUAUUCUCUGUGAGUUUUCCAUUUUCAGCUUAUCUUAAGCAAGCGAGACAAUUUUGUUCCUGUAUAUAAUUUGUGAACUAGGUACGAAACAAAUUAAUUUAAUAUUUGAAGUGUUGCGACCAGAAUUGUUACAUAUUGCUGCUGUGUCUUAUAAAGGUGUUUUUUUUGUACCAUGUGAAAAGUACUAUUUAUGAAUGUUGAUGGAAAGGUAUCUCUGUAAAAUCUUAAGGAAAAAAGCUUUAUUGUUACGCUGUUUAAUUUUAUCGUAUAACUUCACUUCACUGCAGUUUUUUGGGCUGUUGUAAAUUUGCAGAAAAUGAGUUUUGUGUAAUAAAUGCCCUGCAUGUUAUUAUUUAAGUGAUGUUUCAAUGGAAGGUUAGCAUUUUAACACCUGUCGUUGCUGUUAUGUGCAAAUGUUUCCACAUUAUGAUUUUAUAAAUUAAACAUAAGUUUUAAAUCUGUGUUCUCUUGUUAUCAGUCAUGAUGUUUCAAACCUAAGCCAAAAGUCCUCAUUUUCUUUAAGUGACAUUCAUUUUUUUUAAGUGUGUGAGCUCAAUCAUUACCAAUUGUUAAGUAUUAAUAAUUAAGUUUUGACAAAUAAAAACCAAAACCUUUUAUAGUUAUAAUGUAGACAAGUAAAAAUAAAUUACAAAAACCAUAAAAAAUAAUUUAUAAAGAGUUAAGGCUUUUUUAAGCAAUGCAGUUAUUAAUUUAUUUUUCAAAUGUUUCAAUUUCUCAGUGUUUGUCUUAAGUAAAAAAAUUCAAAAUGGAGUUAAUAUUUUUUAAAUGUUUACUGUAUUUUUUCAGAUAUGUCUACUCUUUCUUGUUAUUUUUUUGUGUCUACUUAUAUUUACAAACUCAGAUGUAAUAAUGGAAUUUAAGCUAUGGAAUUUAACAUAGAGCAGACAAUAUUAUCUAAUUUACAAACAUACUUUUUUACUGUUUAAGUAAUGUAAGCCAUAUUUUUUUAUUUUUAUGUGGGUUUAAAUAAAUCUUUCCUUUAAUAAUGAUUUACAAUUUUCAAAGCCUACAAGACAAACAUGCCUGUUGUUUAUUCAUAAAGCAUUACAUAUUGGCUAACUUUCAUUAGAACAUAAACAUCAUAUUGCUGAUUCUAAAUGUUGUCGUAAACUGUAUUAGUAAUAUUUUUAAAUUUUUGUUUAGAAUUUAAAAAAAUACAAUACUUAAAUUAUUUUUACUGUCUAAAAUAAAGUGCCAAUGUUUAUGUCCAUCGUCAUCACACCAUUAUUCCUUCAAAUAAUAUUCUUGGUGUCAACUUCGUCUCUACGUCAGCAAGCUUAGAUUCUACUUAGACUUUUUCGAAACUUUGAACACCGGUAAUAUUCAGUGUUUACAUGAAACGUAAUACUAUACAAACUUUUAAAAUUGUUUUCAUUUAUUUUAAUUAAGGUCUUAAACCAAUGAAAUAUACAAAUUCAUAUUGUUUUAUCCAUAAUUUUUGGAAAUGGUUUCAUUUACUGUAACCUUCUGUCUGUCUGCCCAAAAGGGGAAGUUUUUUUUAUACAGAACUGACACACACAAUGCUGCUGGCUGCUUCAUGGAAUAACUGAAAUAUCUCUAAGAAAAACUUAUGUUGCUUUGUUUUAGUGUUGAAAUUCAUGACAUUAUUGAGAACUUUGUAAGGCUGUUAAAUUAAAAAAUAUAUAUACCUCGUGAUAAAUAAUGUUGCAAAAUGUUUGGAAAAACUGGUCCACAGGAUAGCCCAAUCGUUUCAAUCAUUUGUCUAUUUAAUUACUGUUAUUUACACACAUCUCUAGUUUUACUACAUUGCUAUGCUUCACAUCUAAAUUUCAAUCCAAUAUCCGUCCAAAAAAGGGAAGUAAUCUAAUUAUUAGGGACAAGAUUAUGUGGUGAAUUGUGAUAAAACCGAAAUAACAUUAAAAAGCAUGUCAGAACAUCGUAAACACAAAAUGCAAGUUAAUACAUCAUAUUGCACCAAAAUGUUUGUUAUAUCAUAGAACUAAGUAGUAUUUAACUAAAACUUAAUUCAAAUCUUAAAAAAAAAAGUAAUCUUAAUGUUAGAAAUUCAAGUAUUAUCAUUUCUGAACAAAAAAAUUGCACCAAAGUGCAUGGAUCAGAAAAAUUAUAAUAAUUUUUUUUAUUCUUCAUCUCAUAGUGAAUCAAUUUUAAACGACAAAUGCAAGCUUAUUUAUUUAUUUUUUGUUCGGAGUGUAACUGUUCGAGUUGAUCAAUUCAUUAGAAAUUAUUUUAUCAUAAAAAUUUAAUGGAUAAAUUUUGACCACUAUUUUAUUGGAGUGGAUAUUAAAAAUUAGCAUUUAUAAAAAAUAAAAACAAUAACACCUAAAUCUUAUGUUUUGAAAACAAAAUUUGAUUAAAAAUAAAACCAUAAUUUCCUGCCUCUACUAAUUUUGUACUCAAAAUAUUACCUUGUGAUCAAAGUCGUCUUCCACACUUAACCGCUAGUAUCGCUAGACAUAAAUUCUCAUUGAGGUGUUGGGCUAACACAGCCGGCGGGAAUGGCUAAGUAAGCAUCCGGUAGCUUUACGACUGUGCUGUAAACCGAGGUCCUUUACGUGACGCCUGGAGGCCGCAGCCUGACUGUCCAGAGGCGCGGGCGAGACACGGCAGUGCCGUGCGGUGGCUGUGUCGUGACCAGCGGCAGCACGAUGACUGACGGUAGCAGGAGUACCUUACAAUCAGCCAGCUCUGGGCACCACGUGCUAGCUGCCCCGUGCCAGUAGCUGAGCUAACAUAUCAGGCAUCACGCUUCCAGUGGCGUUUCCAGGAUUUGUGUAUGGGGGGUGUUGAGAAGCAUGCCACCCCCCCCCCCCCCCCCCGUAAUAAAGCGGGGGGUCCGGGGGUCCUCCCCUGGGAAAAUUUGGAUUUUAAGGUGUAAAAUAGUGCUAUUUUAGCAGUUUUCAGUACUUAAAUUUAAAUAUUGUAAUGGUAAAAAUUUUAUUAAUUUUAAUAUGAAAGAAUUAGAAAUUAAUUAAAGAUUUGGUGCGGGGGGGGGGGGGUUUUGAACCCCUAAAACCCCCCCCUGGCUAUGCCCCUGCACGCUUCCAAUGCACCAAACAGACUGGCCGUCUCCGGAAACUACUUCUCAUAACGAUAGUAAUUACAUCAUGAAGUAUCCAGCAUCAUUGAUUUUUUAAAGUGAAAAUUUUUAAUCCUACGCUCUGUAUUUUCUUCUUGUAUUGGGUAGACGGCAAAAAAAAAGUGUUAAAAAAUGUGACAUUUAUAUCUCAUUAUUAUUAAUAUUUUUUUUGCUGUGUAACAUCUUAGCUCUUGGUAUAUGGCAUUUGGUAUGAGUAAAGUUGUGAAUGGAAUGGAAAUGUGUUACCACGGUGCUGCCACCUGUGGCCGGUGGCACGAACCAAAGUUCACAAAGCCAAAAGGAAACUUUAUAGUAUUACCUGUCUAAUGAAUUUCAACAAGAUGGGCAUUAGUUAAGUAAAAUUUUUUGUCGAAAAUCAGGUCCAAAGCCAAGGUUUAGUAUUUUUUCAAGUAUUUUUCGUUUUUAGUAGAACCGUUUCAUUAUAUAGUGUCCCUCUAAUCAAAUGAUUAGAUAGUCAAUAGCUGCUCCGUCAGUGAAUUUUAGCUAAGGGUGCGAAACUGCAUGUGAUUGACAUCAAGAAAUGUAUGUAGUUGAAAACUCAUGAAAUUCCCUCUGGGAAAAAGCCAAAUAAAAAAAAAAUAAUUUAGGCAUUAUUUUCAAGAAUUUUACGUAAAAUUUUGUGUCAGAGUUUUGCAUUGUAAUUGUAUGUAUUUGCAACUUUUAGAAAGCAUGAAUUUUCUUGUUACUGAGGUUAGAUGUUACAAAUCUCUGGUGAACACUGAAAAACUGGCUCAGAUGUUUCUUUUUAUAUAAUGAAAAUAAAAAAAAAUAACUCUGCUUUAAAAUAAUUGUGCUAUCAUUAGAAGGUUUCAUUUAAAUAUUAAAUCAUAGAUGCCAGAUACCCUGAUGCACCUCUUUGUAAUUAUUUCUAUAAAAGAGUCUGUAAUGAUCACUUAUAAGUAGUUUACUUCACAAUACAUUUUGUUCUCAAUUUUGUGGAGAAUGUGGACUCAGCAGUCAUUUUUUGAGGUACAUAUUCAUAUAAAUUCUAUAAAAAAAAUUUAAUAGAUAUUAUUGUGCCUCUGUAUAGUUUUACAGUGUCUAUUGCCUCAAUUUUUUUUUUAAAACUGAUCUAUAAGUUUGGAAGUACUGCUUUUACAUCUUGACAAUUUAGCAAAUGUUAAUAUGUUAACAAGUGUUAUUGAUCAUUCUCUAGCUGUACUUCACCUUACACCGGCUACGCUGCAUUUUACCUACAGCCUAAAGGCUAGUUUAGUUUCAGUACUGAAGAAUUAGCCAUAUGGAUUUGUCCUGUCCUUAAAAUGUGACGCUUUGUAAAUGCGAACUACAUUUUCAUACUGUUAAUUCUUACGUACUCAAUCAUAAACUAGAAUUUAAAAGUACAUUGUGUUGCCAUGUUUUUUUCUGUCUUUGCCACUUCUUUUUUGCAGUUAGAUUCAUAUCCUGAAGUGAAAUUCCUGUAGUUUUUCAUCUUCUAUGUGAUUGGUCGGAGAUAACAACAAAGACAAUUUUUUGUGUUUAUGUUUCUGUGCAGUCAUCUAUUAGUCUAUCAAAAGGAUUGAAUUAAUUGAAGUUCUCACUAAUUCAUAAUGUUUGUUAAGCUAAUCGUUCAUGAUGGUGCUGAUGUUGUUAGCUAAUACAUUGUUGUAUUUUUUUUAACUGCUGCUUUAUUUCAUUUUAUCACUUUUAUUAUUUCACUCAAGUAAUAAUAUUUAUUUUGGUUGGAGAAAGUGUCUGAAGAUAUGGUAUUGUGGUACUAGUGUGGCAAACAACCUUUUUUUUUUAAAAUUUGGUUUCUUCUCUAGGGAAUUUCAUGUGUUAUCUGCUUUGCAAAGACAUACGUGAGAAGUUUUGGAAGUGAACUCAACUGAAAAAUAAAUUCUUACUUUCUAUUUGAGAAUAAAAAAAGUAUAUAUUUUUAUUUUAAUGAAAGGAAAUUAAUACGUGAGGUGUUUUCUUUGAUUCAGCUGUGUUAAAUUCUUCAAGCUAAACAAAAAGAAGCAUUAAAUUAUUUUGUGUUGGAGAGUUUAAGUAGGGGAGGGUGGGGAACAGUGAACCAUUUUUUUUUAAUUUGGCAAUUCAGCAAAAAAUUAUGUUACAUUUAUAUUUUUGACUUUGUAAUUGGUUUUGACAUAUAUUUAACUUUUAAGUGCACUUGUAAUAUGGUUAAAAUAUAUUUUUACUUUUACUUGAAUUUCAACUUUUUUUUAAGGUGCACUGUGGUUCACUGUGCCCCAGUCAUGGGGUAGAAUGAACCACACACUGGGGAACUAUGAACCAUAUUUUUAAUUUACAUAAAUGCAUUAUCAAACACUACAAAUACACAAAAAAAAAAACAGUUUUACAUUCAUUACCCCAGGUAUUUAACAAAACCAUCACAAAAACUAACUGUCAUGUUGAAUUCCUUAGACAAAAAAUAGGUUUUAGCUAAUAUCCAAGUUAUUAAAAUAAAUACCAAAACUAAUGUAUGAGUUCUCUCUUUUGGUGACGCCAUAUUGUUUAGGGUUUUGUAGAAGCAUCUUUAUACAAUCAUCAGGUAGUGUAUAUAUUUUGGUGUCUUCAAGUAGAUGGCAAAUAAAAAUGUCCUUCCACAUUUGUGCUUUUCUUUAAAUAUUUAACUUCGAAAUCACCAUUUUCGUCCUUGUCUUUGACUAUUUGAGCCACAUAAAGAACUUCUAUCUUCGGGUGUUACUCAUCUUUCAGCUACCAUUACCUAAUAAUAAUGUCAUCAGUUGAUGACAUUUUAUCAUCAAAAGAUUUUAUGGCUUUCCAUCAUCUGAGUCUGAAUCAAACUUAAUUUUUUUUCUUGCUUUACUUGUGUCUUUGUUUUUUUCCCCCUUCUGUUUAAAUUUUUUCCUUUUUUCGAUUUCAUUUUUCACUGAUGUGUCUGUUGCUAUAAUACUCUUGCCUUGUUUCCUUCCCCUCUUUUUUUUUCUGUUCUUCAGCAUUAGGAUAUGGCCUUAUAUCAACUGGGGAGCACUUAGGAAUAACAGAUUUUUCUAAUCCUAUAUUUGGUGUCUCCUGCAGAAAUUUAACAGUUGAAGAAGCUGUGUCCAUUUUUGGAACUAAACUUGAUUGGUUUGCUGAAACAGGAAUAUUUAAAUCUGUUCGUAAUUUACUCGUGUUGCUUUCUAUAGGUCUGUCAUCUGGUGAAGACGUGAAGGAAGUAACUUUGUCAACAUCACAAGCAGGUGCUUGGGAUGUGAUCUCACCUGAUGGAAAAUCUAGGUUAAUGCCAGUAUCAUCAUCUUCAGGUGGAGGUCUGUCAGUAACCUGACUUGGUGCAAAGUCAUCUUCUGUGAAUAUAUGACGGUCAAAAGGAUAAAUGCCAGUCUUCUUAAAGUCAGAUUUUAUGUUUGAGGAGUUGAGAGCUCUAUCAUGUGCAGUGCUUACGCCUUCUACAAUAUUGUAGAUGGUAACAGGCAAAGCUUUCCUAAAAAUAACAGACUGUAGUGCACCUGCAUAAUAUGUCUUGAAUGGCCCGUAACAAGAAACAUCCAGAGGUUGGAGCCUAUGUGAUGUAUGAGGUGUUAGAGUGAGGAUUGUCACUCCAUUUGUUUUAGCAAUGUCUAAUGCCUUUGGAUCCAAAUGACUUUCAUGGUUAUCUAAGAUUAACAAUGAUGGGUUGUCCUUGCUACUUGUUGAGUGCUUCACAAAAUGUGUCAUUACUUUUGCAAAGUUUUCUCCAGUCAUCCAUCCACUUUUCUCACUUAAUGCUAACGUGCCACAUGGUGCUUUCUCAAACAUGACAUCUGUAACUUUCUUUCGAGGAAAAAUCAUUACUGGGGGUAACGAAUUUCCAGCUGCAUUUACUAUACAAUUAGUAACUAGAAUCCCCUUCUCUUCACUUGUGGCUUGGUUCACUUGCUUAAUCCCUUUGCCCGCUAUCACAUUUUGCAAUUUAUCUGGUACAGUUUUGGUGCUGGUCUCAUCCAAAUUAAAGAUUCUAGUACCAUCACAAAACUUGGGUUCUCGCUGCAAGACCUCCUGGAGGUUAUCAUAAAACAUGUUUACAUUGUGCCUGUUAAAAGAUGUUGCACGUGAUAAUGAGCAACCUUCUGGUUUUCUAAUUGUCAAGGUGGGAUUCCUCUGUCUGAAACUAUAGAACCAAUCUAUACCAGCUUCCUUAUUUCUUUCCCAGUUGUCUGGCACAUCAAUGUCAUUACUCUUAGCCAAGUUAUAUGCUAGCUGACGACAUUGUGUUGUAGUCAAGCCAUAGCACAUAUUUGCACACUUAACCAAAUAAUCUACUAACUCAUUUUCUUGCUGGGUAGUGAAAAUUUUUCUGUUGCAAUAAUUAGGCUCAAAGCUCAUGGAAGCAGCAUAUACUUUAAAACAUACCUGCGAAAUGUGGGAUACACUAUACCAAACGUCUCAGCAGAUUUUCGUAUUGAGUCUUUCCCAUUGUUAUGGUCCUCGAGAGCUCUUUUCAUCAACUCUCCAUCAGGUUGACGAGUUGUUUUCUUCUUUGGUUUUCGAGCCAUUCUAUAUAAUUAAAAUGAAUCUGAAACAGAGAAAUUAUUAUCAUUCAAAUAUGUUCAACUAAUUCUGUAUUAUAAAUUUGUCAACAAAUUUAUAUUAACACCAUGUCAAAACCAACAUUAUUAAACAUAAGUUGCAUAAAUAUAUCCUUAAGUAAUUAUCUAGAACAGUAUAUGUUGUUAAGUAACAUUCAUUAACAAACAUUAACCAAAAUUCAUUAUUUCAAAGGUGGAAAAUAAAUGUGGGGUACAGUGAACCACUGGUUCAUAGUUCCCCAGUUAAAAUGGUUCACUGUUCCCCAUGAUACCAAAAUGAACAAAUUUCUCAUUUUUAAGUUAUGUUAGGUAACCAGGAGGUUUAAAACAUACAUACACAUUAUAGAGAUCUAUGUAGUUGAAAAGAGUAUUACAUCCAAUUUAUUAAUUAAAAAACAUAAAUGUUAUUAAGAAUAUAGUUAAGUAAGACAAAUUCUUGUUUCUUACCUUCAAAAAUGAAAAAAAAAUCCACACACCAAAAUGCAGCAUGGAGCUUCACACAUUCUUAAACAAAUAAAGGAACUUUUACUGCCAAACUGCUCUCUUGCAUUAAUGUCAAAAUUUCCUUAAUAGCAAAACAUAUUUUUUCAUUGGUUCACACUACCCCAUGGUUCACAGUUCCCCACCCUCCCCUACAUACAUAUUAAACCUUAUGGUUAUCUCAGCAGGCUUUAAGUUCAGUGACAAUGUUGUAAAGCUGAUGAGUGAACAGCUACAAGGAAUAUUGUGUAAUCUGUAGCUGACAGUAUGGUUUCUUUGAGAGUAAUUUUAUGUGUUUGCUGCAUUCGUUAAAGCACACCAAUUUUUUUUUUUAAUGGCAACAGUCAUAAAAUUUUACUUUGGAAAAUUUUAUGCUUGGCACAUGAAAUAAUUAAUAGGGAUGGCCAAUGAAAUCCUCAAAUACAUUAAAUCCAUAAUAUUGGAAGGAUUUAAUAUUUGAUGAAAAAGAUUCCAAGAAAGCUAUAAGAGGAAAAAGAGAAAAUUAAAAAAUUCAACACCGAUAACCUCUGAGGUUUACUAGGCAAAUUUUUUCCUUCAUACCUAUCUUGUUACCAUUCCUCAAUAUAUUGUACUUUUAACAUGUAAUUAUAUAAAUGAAAUUACAAUAUGUAUUGAUUCUUGAAACACAUUUCGUGAAACAACCAUUUAAAGGGUUGAAUGUUUCCAUACUGUAGUUAAUUUUUUUCAUUGAUUUUAAAUUAUUUUAUUUUGGACACUUGAGACUAGAUUCAGAUUCGAAGGGUAUAUUUGAGGUACUCUCCGAGUUUCAAAUUUGAGAUUCGGAUUCGAGGAAAUUGGGAUUUGACGAAUCACUUUUAAUCAAUCACAAAAUAGAAUGACAACCUACUGUAUGAACUGAAAGUUGUGGAUUCACAUUCAUAGGUGCAUCUUGCAGUUUGAUUUUAUCCACAUUGUGUGCUUCGAAGUUAGUGUCUUGGAAUCUUGCUCUACUGGUUUUGUUGAGGCGAUAAAAAUGCUUUAGCCACAUGCGUUCACCACCUAACUGUUCUUACCAUGUGUGUGGUUGUGUGUUGGCAUGCUGAUGUGAGUGUGUUCACGAGUGUUUGACAAGCACAGAAUAAAGACCCUUAGUUGUUAGGGACUGUCAAUGCUUCAUUCUCAUCUCAACUCUUUGAGGCUGUUAUAUGGUAAUUAAACCAAUAUCACAGGAGACACAACUCCUAAAUUCCAAGAAAAACAUAAAGAGCUAUGACAUUAAUUUAUGUAAUUUUGAUUUCAUAAAUUUUAAAAUUCUCAAGUUGGAAUUUUGUAUAUAUCAUAGUGUACAGCUGUGGCAUAGAAACAUUGAAAGGAAAUAUAAGAUAAUCAGGCAUAUUUUUUUUAUUAAUAUUACAUAAUGAUAUUGCAAUAAUAGGAUGGUGACUAAAGGUAAAUUCAAACUUUUCAACUAGAUUAGUGCCAGGUGGAGACAAUUUUUUUUUCAUUUUUAUUAAUCGAUUUAUGUCAAAUAAUUCCAAUAAAAUGUUUUGUUUUUUAUUUACAUAAAAUUCAAAUACUGUAAUGAUUUCAGUAAUUUUAUAUAUUUAUGCAAUGCACUAGUGAUCUAAGUACAGUAUUCAUAAAAAUAAAAAACAUUUCAACAGAAACAUAAAUUUUUCCUUACAAUAAUAGUUACAAUAUAAAUCCAAAAUCUUAAAAUUCUUGACACAACUCGCCACCCCUCAUCAACUGUAAUGACCUCUAUGUACUUGAGAUGUUAAGUUUUAAUUAAUUAUUUAAUUCAUUCAUUCAGUUUUCUUGGACUAUGUACUAAUGUAGAAAUGCAUUGGCCUUUUAGCAGGGAAUGUCCGAAUACAGGUACUUAUAAAAACUGAAAUGACAAGUUAAAAUGCAUUUUAGUAUAGUUGUGAAGUAGUUGUGCAUAAAAACCAAGUACAAUUUUUACUGUCUAAACAAUUAGUGUACUAAUUCUGUUAAACAUUUUGAUCAUGGAAAGUGAUUCAACAUGUUGAUUGGUGUGCCAGAUUAAUUAUUAUGUUUUAUGACAUUAUAUGUUGAAGAAUAAAUGAAGCUUGGCACACACACUGGAUCAGAAUUUUAAAAAUGAAGUAAAAAUGUUUUCAACUGUUAAAUACCAUAAAUAAGGACAAAAAUGGUUUUUGUCUGCAAAUUUGUAUAUUUGUAAAUAAUGUAUGUAUGUGUAUGUAGAUGUAAAAUAUAUAAUUUGAAAACAG